AAGACAAGCGAGUCGCCUAUAUUUUUUUUCAAUUGAGGCCAGUUUGAAUAACCCUUUGUACCAGAAGAUUACAUUACCUAUCUACAUAUAUUUACCCUUACAAAAUGAACACCACACAUGACAUACUGGAUCCAUCUUAGAUGCGCCUGGAGGGAACAUUUGACGAGCAAAUCGUGAAGUUGUUUUACCAUGUAACACUGACCAAGGACGAAGUAAAGGAAGACCUGCUCCGGCUGUUCAGGGAUGUGGAAAACACGUUGAGGACCUAUUGGCCAGGGUGUGAGGUGGUGCCCUAUGGCUCUCUAUACCAAGGCACGGCAUUCAAGACCAGCGAUGUGGACUGCUUUAUCCAAAUCCCGAUAUUCCCGAUCUUGCACAAGACCGCCGGAGACACAGUCGUGCUCACAGCCAGGGAUAUUCUCAGCCGCCGUUCUGAUUUAUUUGCACAGCUAUCUGCCGCAACAAAUGUACCCGUGCCUAUUGUGAAAUUCUUCCAUAUGCCAACAAGCAGAGAAUGUGAUUUGACCUUUGAUUGCCCGCCUGGAGUCAGUAAUAGUAAAUUAUUGUGGUAUUUAUUCCAUUUAGACAAAAGAGCGCUAGAUCUAGCUAAUCUUGUAAAAUACUGGGCAAAAAUUCACAACUUGAUUGGGCCGUACCUGCUGAGAACUUAUGCAUUGCUGCUGAUGGUAGUUUUUUACCUACAGCAAUUAAGAAUGUUACCCACUAUACAUGCCCUGCAAAGAAACGUUCCUUACGUUUCCUGGCGAGUCUGGAAUAUAGCGUUUCAAGAGCUCAAAUACCCAAAUAACAACCAGUCGUCCCUCAAACAUUUAUUGGGGGGCUUCUUUAAGUUCUUUAGCUAUUACAAAUUUGAAGAAAACGUAAUUUCUCCUUUUGUUGGGUGUUCUAUACCACGGAAACGUUUUAGAAAAGUUUCCAGUAUUCCGAAACCUUUUGGUGUGUAUAAAGGAAAUCUGAUACUUAAAUUGAGUGAGCCGCUUAACAUAGACACGUCUAUAUGUGUGCAGGAUGUUUUUAAUCACAGUUCAAAUUGCUCUGUUCUUGUAUUUACAGAACUAGGGAAAAAUAUAAAGAAACAUUUCAGGAUGGCGGGUAAGUUGUAUGAAUCAGAAUCGGAGGAAAACUUUCUUAAUGCUAUUUUCAUAAAGCAUUCAUACCGUAAAAAAAUAGCUAUCUAAUUUUAAGCUCUGUUCUUCUAGGAUAGCGGUACCGUCAUAUAGCGGCCAUCUCCAUCCAUACUAAUAUUAUAAAUGGGAAAGUCUGUCUGUGUGUUCCCUCUUCACGCUAAAACCGCUGAAUCGAUUUAGAUGAGAUUUGGCAUAGAGAUAGGUUUGAGAAGGACAUAGGAUAGUUUUUGCGGGGUGGAAUUGAGAUAAUUAAUGAAGUGCCUGCUAAUUUGUGUGCAUAAUAUGCUCAAAUUGAAUGAUUGCUAUGAGAAUUUUUCCAGGCGCUAUACUUUAGCUGCUGUUACUAAGUCCACGCAGACGAAGUCGCGGGCAAAAGCUAGUACAAAAUAUAUGGAUGGAUUAGUGUUUUGUAUGGAGACGGCCGCUAUAUGACGCCACCGCUAUCCUAGGAAACCAGAGCUUAAUGCCGAAUCCACAUAUUGGGCCAGUAAGGCCAAUCUAAGGGACGCUUUUAUGCUUUAGAGGGAGCAAGUAUUAUUGCUAUCUCAUUCCACCGCAUAGCUGCGUCCCUUAGGCUGGCCUACGCUGAGCCAUGGUGUACAGAAGCCAUAAGCUGUAUCCAUAGAUGGUAGGAUGGCGGCGACCUUGGUGCGCUGCACCCAUAAGUGAGAGCGAGAAACAAAUAUCUCUUUCUCGCUCUCACUUACGGGUGCGGCGCUCCGUGACCUUGGUGCGGUGCGACAGUGUGUUACGACUAUAACUGCCCUACACUGUGCCAUGGUGUACAGGAGAGACCACAGACUACUAGGAAAAUUGGUGCGAUUUGUACCAUUAUUAUUAUUACUUGUCAGUUGGUGCGACGUGUAUGCCCACCGCACCAUUAAUAAUAAUAAUAAUAAUGUGCGGUGGAAGCUUACACACCGUAGUAUCUUCUUAGUAGUUUGUGCUUACUCAUUAUUUUGCACACUAUCGAUAGUUGAUCGAUACCGGUGCGGUGCGGUAGUGUGUUAUGGCUUAAGGCUCGACGGCAGGACAAGUGUAAUAAGACCUUAAAUGUAAAGGAAUGUCGGGUGAAAUAACGAAAUUGUCAAUGGCGACUAAAACAUGUAGCCCGCUCCACACUCGUGCGCGAAUCGCGGCGCGAUUCCACGAACGCAAGUGUGGAGCAGACGUCGCAGAUCUGCUAAAUCGAAGCCAAAUUAUGUUUCCGAAAUGAAGCUGCUCGACUGACUUUUUCAAGCCAUAAUACUAUCAUAAUACUAUGUUUGAUGUCGGGGGCUGCAAUAGCGUUCUGGCUGCUCCUCUGUCAGACUCCGCCAUGGCUCUACUGCAGCUUGUACGAAAGGCUAUUGUUAAUAGAAUAAGUUAAUUGUAAGAACAUUGUAUUGUUGUUUUCUAUGGAGCGACAUGUUCACCUCGGUGACAAGCUCUUAAAUAAAGAGAAAUAAUAAUAAUAUUAUUAUAGUCUGUCAAGCCAUUGCCGUCAGUAGAAAAUGUAGGCGCGAAGGGUUAU